AUGUCUGAUAAUUUAUAUAAAUCAAAAACCUUACCAUCAUCAUCUUCGCCAUCUUUGAUUGAUUUUAAAAAUAUUAAUCAAAAACCUAAUCAUCGUAGAGCUCAGUCCGUUUUUUAUACUCAAGAGUCUACGUUAAAAGAUCGCCUAAAUAUCAAUAGGAGACAUACCACGGAGUCUUUAUAUGAUAAAAGUUCCACCACUCUCUUUUGGGACUUGGUUGGUAGAGAAAAUUAUACGAUUUCACUGAAUAAUUCUCCUGUUCUAUGUAACAGUUUCUCACCACCCGAGGAAGAAUAUUUUAGUUUUACCACGUCUUUUGUUAAUAAAUUUGGUUCGUUCUCUUGGCGAUCCAAAAGUUCUUCUUCGCGAACUGUACCUACUAUGGUCCCUAAAAACGAUGAUAGUUCAAUUAAUUUAUUAACAACAAAAUUUAAAGGUUUACAAUCUAAAAAAGUUCCUGCAAGUAUUACCAGCAUUUUUGUAGGUAAUUUAGAUAAAAACACGAAUAUAAAUAACACCCCUAGUGAGACACGAGACGAAGAAAUAACGGUUCCAGAACCAAAAAAAAUUUUGAUGGCUCCUAUUGAACUUCGUGGCAGAAAUUCAGAUACUGAGCCUGUACUAAGUAUCGAUAUGGCUGAACAAAUACGUCAACUACUUCCAAGACGUGUACGAUUAUUUCCAACGUGGAAUUUAUUAUAUAGCCUUGAUCAGGAUGGUACAAGUAUGACUACCAUGUAUUUUAAAGUAAAAGACAAAGGACCUUUAAUAGUGGCAGUCAAAGAUAUGAAUGAACAGGUUUUUGGUGCGUUUGUCAGCGAAUCGCUAAAACCGCGUCCUUCUUAUUAUGGAACUGGAGAAUGCUUUCUGUGGAAACAUAUACGUCCAAAAGAAAAGGAUACAUUUCUACCAAAAAUCAAUUCUUAUUCAUGGACCGGAAGAAAUGAAUACAUGAUAUUGAGCGAGCAUGAUUAUUUGGCAAUUGGUGGAGGUGAUGGAAGGGUUGGUUUAUGGAUGGAUUCAGAUUUGGAAAGAGGAUCAUCAGCAAGAUGUGACACUUUUGAGAAUGAAAUCUUGUCUUCAACUCCCGAAUUCGAAUGCAUGGGGUUUGAAGUAUGGGGUUUCAAUUGA